UGUUUCCACUCAUCUAUUACUUGGCCAUGUGUGUAAUAAAUAGUUUUCAAUCAUAUGAUUGUAGUUUGUAUGUACUCUACAUUGGAGGUACAAAGCAAGAGGACAAGUGAAUAGCAAAGCUACGUCUUUGAAUCUUUCAUACAGUGGUAUGAAAAACUACCUGAACCUUUUGGAAUUAAUCAUACUUCUGCAUAAAAUCACCAUCCUGCUAUCCUCAUAUUUAAUGAAGAUAGCAUAAAAACAAUGACAGAAGGUGGAAGAAUAAGUAAGUGAGCCCUCUGCCUAAAGAGACUUAAAGAGCAAUUUUCACCAAACAAUUUAAGUCAGGUGUGUGCCCAAUCACUGAUGAGUGUCACGAAGGGGACGAAGGAACAAGUUGUGUAUCACAGUCACAGGAUUUUAUUUAUGUUGACAGGCAAAGAAAACAAUCAGGUCAAGCAGUAAUGGACAGUUCACAUGCUAGCGUACGCGGGAACGCUGACGACCUCACACUGAAUGCUAUUUGUUUGUGCCUUAUAUACUGUUCUCAGUUGUUCUUUGUGACAUAUUAAGGAGCACACAGUCCUUAUGAUGGAAAUCUUUGUGAUGCAUGAGUGUGAUGCAAUAUGGUGGCACAUGACAGAAGAGACUUUGUAAUGGAAGCCUGAUGCAAUAUCAGGCAAUAUGCUAUCACAUGAGCGCACGUUGAGUGCACGUGACAGAACCCCCCUCUCAAGGGACGGCUUCAGAAGUCCCAAGAAUUGAGCCCACCAAGGGCUACUAAUCCAGGGUGGGGUUCAGAGUCAGAGUCAGAUACAGGCAUGAGUUUAGAGUGGGCAUCGGCUCAAUCUCCUCCUUUCCAGUAGAGGAAUCAACUACUGAUGGCUCAGGAUCGGGUUCAGAGGUCCUUUCCAGUGGAGGAAUCAACUAUCGAUGGCACAGGAUCGGGUUCAGAGUCAGUCAGAUACAGGCAUGGGCUAAGAGCAAGCCAUCAGAUUAUCAGAAACCAAGAGGCAAUCAGUGGGGCAGGACAAUGACUUCGUCAAGGGUUCUGGAUAAUUCAUAGAGGAGUUCAUCUUUGAUGUAGUCUGUCAGGCUGUGAUAGAAUGCGUCGAUCACGGCUUCGGUGUUCCAGUCGCUGCGUCUCACCAGAGUUUGGAACUCAAUCGAAUACUCAGACACUGACCGAUUGCCUUGAUGGAUGGUAAUGAGGGCGCGGGAUGUCUUGGAGUUAGAAAAGCCUUGGUCGAACACUUUGAUCAUUACAUCGGCAAAAGCAUUGAAGUUGGUACAGACUGGUGCUGGAGUUUUUGCUGGUGUUCGUGGCCGAUCUGGAUUAACGAUGCUAGGUCACCAGACAUCCGGGAGACCUCCUUUUCUGUUUGGUGAAGACGGUCCAGAACAGAGGGUUGAUAAGCUGGUUCCAUUUUAGUCAGGUCGUACUGUCACGAAGGGGACGAAGGAACCAGUUGUAUAUCGCAGACACAGGAUUUUAUUGAUGUUGACAGGCAAAGAAAACAAUCAGGUCAAGCAGUAACGGACAGUUCACAUGCUAGCGUAUGCUGGAACGCUGACGACCUGACACUGAAUGCUAUUUGUUUUUGCCUUAUAUACUGUUCUCAGUUGUUCUUUGUGCAUAUUAAGGCGCGCACAGUCCUUAUGAUGGAAACCUUUGUGAUGCAUGAGUGCGAUGCAAUAUGGUGGCACAUGACAGAAAAGACUUUGUGAUGGAAGCCAGAUGCAAUGUGAGGAAAUAUGCUAGUACAUGAGCGCACGUUGAGCGCACGUGACAAUGAGUGGUUUAAAGCUGCCCUGCCCACUAUAAAACACACACCUGUUAAGAAUUGUCUUGAUGAGAAGCAUUGUCUUAUGUGCAUCAUGGCUUGGUCAAAAGAGCUGUCUGAAGACCUGCGAUCAAGGACUGUUGAUUUGUAUAAAGCUGGGAAAGGAUACACAACCAUCUCUAAAAGUUCAUCAAUCGUCAGUCAGAGAAGUUGUCUACAAAUGGAGAAAGUUUGGCACUGUUGCUUCUCUCCCAAGGGGUGGCUGUCCACCAAAGAUGAGGCCAAGAGUUCAGCGCUGAAUACUCAGAGAGGUAAAAAAAAAAAAGAACCCUAGAGUGUCUGCUAAAGACUUACAGAAAUCAAGGCACAGUCCAAUGUCUCUGUGCACACAUCAACUAUAUGUAAAACUAUGGCCAAGAAUGGUGUCCAUGGGAGGACUUCACGGAGGAAGCCACUGCUGUCUAAAAAAAACCCAUUGUUGCUUGUUUAAUGUUUGCAAAGAAGCACUUGGACACUCCACUGAAGUUUUGGCAAAAUAUUUUGUGGACUGAUGAAACCAAAGUUAAAUUGUUUGGGAAUAACACACACUGUCAUGUGUGGAGGAAAAAUGGAAUAGCUCACCAAUAUCUACACCUCAUCCCCACCGUAAAACAUGGUGGAGCAAGCAUCAUGAUUUGGGGCUGUUUUGCUGCCUUAGGGCCUGGAAAACUUGCAGUCAUUAAUGGUAGAAUGAAUUCAAAAGUUAAUCAGGAUGUUUUGCAGGAAAACCUGAGGCCAUCUCUCAGACAGUUGAAGCUAAAAUGAUGAGGGAUGCUGCAACAAGACAAUGAUCCAAAACACAGACGUAAAUAAACUUCAGAAUGGUUUCACAAGAACAAAAUACAUUUUCUGGAGUGGCCAAGUUAAAAUCCAGACUUGAACCCCAUUGAGAUGCUUUGGCAUGACUUAGAGACAGCGAUUCAUGCCAGACAUCCCAGGAAUCUGACUGAAGUACAGCAGUUUUGUAGAGAAGAAUGGAUCAAGAUUAGUCCUGAUCGAUGUGCCAGACUGAUCUGCAGCUACAGUAAGCGUCUGGUUGAAGGUAUUGCUGCCAAGGGGGAGGUAUGUCUGGAUACUGAAUAGCCUCCUAAGCGGAUCCAUGAAAAUCAACGCCUCACCUCUAUUUCUGCACUGCAUCAUCCUCCACGGAAUCCCCAACUUUGAUUCCUCUGGAGUAUGUCGACCGUAUGUCAAAGUCUACCAGGGAAUGCAAGCAGUCUAUUCAUCUGGGAUCUAUCACAUUGGACAAGGCCACAGGGGCAGGAUCUGUGUCACACUGGAGCCAGCCCAGCUACUCAAAGGGGACAUUAUGAUUAAAUGUUACCACAAGAGUGAAGUUUCUUCAGAGCGUGAGGUGAUUUUCAGGCUGCAGUUCCACACGGGAGCAGUGCAGGGCUACAAGCUUAUGUUUGAUAAAGAGGACAUGGAAGAAGCAAACAAAGAUCUCAGAUUUCCAGAGUAUGGCAAAGUAGAGCUGGUUUUCUCGGAGGGACCCGAAAAGAUUCCAGGCGCUGACAGAUGGCAUAACGGCGUGGAUGUUACAGUGGACUACAACACGGCCGACCCCCUGAUCCGCUGGGACUCCUACCAGAACAUGUGUGAUGCUGAAGCACCUCGCUGCCAAGGCCUAAAUCAGGACAAAGCAUCUACUAAAAAGAUCACAAACGGAGGGGAGACCACGCUGGGUCAGGGGGCCAGCACGACAUCUGCCACCUCCAGUCCUGACCACAGCGAUCACGCCCUCUCUGUCAGCAGCGACUCUGGCCUCUCUAGUAACUCCCUCUGGGCGGACAGACCCACACCAUCGUCCGCCACCGUUACUUCUGUGUCCGUCCGCUCCAACCAGGGUCCAAGCCAGCAAGAGAAAGUCCAGCUCAAACGGCUUUUGAGUGGAUUUGGAGUGGAAGACCCCGCACUGGAGGAGAUGGAUGAUCCAACGCCCAGCGUCGGCAUCCAUCACAAAAUACCAGCUCAAGUGCACAUAAAUGGAAGUCCCUCAAGAGGUCCUCAGGAGCGGGAAACGGACAUCCUAGACGAUGAGAUCAUUACAGGCCAGGAUCUGCAAAGCGUGGACAGCUUUGGGACUUUAUCGUCCUGCUGCCACAAGAGCAGCCAGAACUCCCUCCUCUCAGAUGGUUUUGGGAGUCCCGGAGGAGAGGAGCAGCAAAGCCAAAGUCAGAAUCACCUCCACCAUCCGGCACCUUCGCACAUGGAGGACUAUCAGAGACAUUAUGGUGAGGGUAGAAGGGGUCACAUUGGCUCCAUGAACAACUCUGUGGCUACUUCCAACCCCAGCAGUGCUUCCAUGCCAAAGCAGCAUGUCUACAGACAGGGAAGCUAUUCCACACAGUCCUGGGUCCGCCAGCAGCAGAUGGUCGCUGCACAACAGUUAAUUUACAUGCCCGAGGAUGGCAAUGAUACAGAAAGGUACCGGGGAAACAAAGAAAUGAACAAUUCACCCAAAGAAGACCGGACCUUGGAGCAGCAGGGCUCAGCAACCACUCCUCUGAGAGACAUAGCUCCUUACAAAGAACAAGCGACACUCAACAAAAACAACAACAACAAACGAGACGACGAAUUUAAAUCUCUCACCAUGGACAUUGACAACUCCAUUGACCAGCUCAACCAGCUCAUCAUGGACCUGGACCCUACUUUCAUGCCGCUUUCAAACCAAAACAACUCCAUCAAAAGAAACGGUAGCACGCAUGUAAACGGCUCGACUUCCAAGGGCACGAACGGCAUCACUCUCCGAUUCAGCGAGAACAACACGCAGCAGAUAGCUGUCCAGUCGAAUGAAGGAAUUGUCUCUAGUAGUCCAAAUUGUCAGGGAAGUGACAUCAUAGAUCAUCCAAGAUUCUGUAGCUCGGGAUGGACUGGGCCAGAGGAGUACAGGAGCCAGAGAAUGUAUUCACCCUCUCUACCACAGUCACAGCAUACCAUGUUGUGCAGAAGUGACAGUGCUGACUACAAGAAGCGAGGUCCAGACACAGACAGUGGAGUUGAAGCCGGGUGUGACAUGACUCCACCCACACCCGCAUUCCCAAUUUCACCACCUACACCCUACGUGAAAAAUAUGUUAGAGUUCACCCAAUCUCUCCAGCAAACCUCACCUCCCAGCAUUCACUAUGGAGGCUUCAGGACAGACCAUGAAUCGCAAGGAUAUUCAGAGACGGGCAAUCAUACUGGAGUUGAGAUUACCUCAAAUUCAAACAUCAACUGCCACAGGACACAAAAUACAACACAUUCUGUCUCCAUUGCUGGGUCACAUAACCAGACACACAGUCCAUCAAUUAACCAGUCUUGGAUAGAGCAUCCAGUCCUGAGCCAUCAAGCCUCAUUAAAUAGCUUGUCCUCCAAUAGGCAAGCACCCCAGCACUCCAUGUCAUUAGACUAUGGCCACCAAACUGUCCACCCUGUGCCAAAUAGCCACAGCUCGCCUCGUAACAGUCAGCGAAGCCGAAUGGCUGGCUAUGCCCUCAGCCGCAGUCCUGCCCAAAGCUUCGACGAACAGGAUGACUUGCGUCUAGGCUAUGGUUCACACUGUCCGACCACAGCCAUGUUGCUUGGAAACGGAGGUAUAGAAAGGGUUAUCCUUACCUCCUUGGACGGGAAUCAGUCCCAACCCCUCCAUAUGCAACCUCCACAUCUGCCUGAGAAGAAAAGGGUAUCAGACGGGGAACAUGGGGGUACAGCAUCCCCAGCACUGAGUGGAUUCUCAAGUCCACACAGUGGGAGCUCAUUGAGUAUUCCCUUCCCCAAUGUUUUGCCUGACCUGUCAACUCAUAUGCCAAGAACCGGCUCACCUUUGCCAGAUGUGCUCGUCAGCAAGCAAGUUACUGUUAAGUUUGUACAAGACACUUCCAAAUUCUGGUACAAGCCUGACAUCUCAAGAGACCAAGCCAUUUCCGUCUUGAAAGACAAGGAGCCAGGCUGCUUCAUUGUGCGUGACAGCCAUUCCUUUAGAGGCGCCUACGGGUUGGCGAUGAAAGUGGCCACACCCCCACCUUCCGUUCUCCAGCAGAGCAAAAAAGGCGGAGAUCUCACCAAUGAAUUAGUGCGCCACUUCCUGAUUGAGUGCACACAGAAGGGUGUUCGCUUGAAGGGUUGCCCCAAUGAGCCCUAUUUUGGAAGUUUAACUGCACUGGUUUGCCAACAUUCAAUAACUCCCUUGGCCCUGCCGUGUAAACUCAUCAUACCCGACAGAGAUCCUCUCGAAGAUGUGGUGGAGAACACGCCUCAGUCGGUCACCAACUCUGCUGCGGAACUGCUUAAACAGGGAGCAGCCUGUAAUGUGUGGUACCUGGGCUCGGUGGACAUGGAGUCCCUGACAGGGGUCCAAGCGGUGCAGAAAGCCACCGGAUUGACUCUCAGUUCCAACCCUCCACCAACUUCCACAAUAGUUCACUUCAAGGUGUCCUCGCAGGGAAUCACCCUUACUGAUAACCAGAGGAAGCUAUUCUUCAGGAGGCACUACAAUGUCAACACAGUCAUAUUUUGUGCAUUGGACCCUCAAGAUAGAAAGUGGAAAAGGGACGGCUGCACCUCAGCAAAGAUCUUUGGAUUUGUGGCAAGAAAAAGCGGGACCUCCACAGACAACGUGUGCCAUCUGUUUGCUGAGCACGACCCCGAGCAGCCGGCCAGCGCGAUCGUCAACUUUGUGUCCAAGGUUAUGAUCGGCUCACUUAAGAGUAAAUAGGAGGACAAACUUUUGGAGAACUGAGAAUGUUGAAAUGUGACGUGAAAAGCCAUGAAAUUCUCCUUAACAUUGAUGACAUGACCAAACCCUAAUAUUUAUGAGUUUUCCUUGUUCAAUAUUAAAGAGUAAGGGCAUUAACGUUGCUGAUUAAAUGAAUGCUUUUUCUUUUUGAUUUGUGGAAAAUGCGCUAAAGCAGUGCGUGUGUAUAUAAACAGGUUUUUAUGGACAGAUAUCAUGCAUCAUCUAUGAUCUAUGCAACAUAUUUUUUUUAAUUUUCUUAAACCAUACUUAAACAUGUUAAGCAUUAUAAGUUUUCCUAUAACUUCGGGGUGUGAAUGCUAUCAGCAUUUUAAUGAAAAAAAAAGAGUGCGACAAAAAAUUAUUUUAAGUAAACACUAAUAAACAUAUUGCUUUGUGUUGUCAUUUUGCAAGGGUAUAUCUAAAAUAUAGCCCCAUUCACAAUUUUGUAUGUGGCAGGGAGACAAUGAACUAUUUAAAAAUAUAGAAAAGCUUUUUAAAAAUACUCCUAUAACAAAUGAGUGACUUAAGUCUCUCUCUCUUUUAACAGUUAAACUGCUAUAUUACUGUCCCUUUCAAAUCUCUAUAUUGCCUUAAUAAAGUUGGUUUGUCCCUGAUUUUUCUCUCAAACUGCUGCUAAUUUAAAACAUGCUGUCAAAAAAAAUACUGUUUUAUAGUGUUAGGAUAGGCACUAUGAAUGUGUUUCCUUGAUAAAACUUCAUUUCUCCUUAACUGAGGUUGGCAAAACAGAUUUGUAAAAUACAAUAUUUAUUUUUCUCAAGAUAACAGGCCUCGCUAUCGUAAAAAAAAAAAAAAUCUCAACAAAUUAUUUUAGUGGAAAAUCGUAGAACCCCAGCCCUCCCCUCAAACAACAACAAAAUAUCUAACCUCAAGAAAGUAACAUUUUCUUUAUUCUAGUCAAACUGCUGUGCCUCCCCUUAAUUCUUCUUAUUCCCCCCCAGGGGGAGGUGAUUAGUCACACUCUAAAAACUGCUGCUCUCAAAGAUGCCGGGAGAAAAAUGAUCCAUCUAUAUUUUCAUGUUUGAUAGUGUUUGUAAAGUGUUGAAAGACGCCGCCUGUCUGUACUGGAGAUGAAUAUCCAUUUUGUUUCCACCAAUUUCACCACUGUGAGGCCCUGUUUAUUCAAUUAACACAAUGGUAAAAAAGGGCUACAUGUAUUUGUACCUCAUGUAUAAUGGACCUCUAUGUAUCAAUUUAUUUGUAUAUGCAAAUAGAAUUGUUGUUGUAAAUAAACAAGGAAACAUCUGUAUGAGAUCUCGGUCUUAACUUCCUAACAAAACUUUUUUACUAGCUCUGGCACUAGUCAUCCAUUUUACAGUAUGCAGCACCUUUUCUCAUUUAUGUCAAGUGUGAGCUGGAGCCUGAUCUGGACUGGUCGCCAGACAAGCAUUUGCACCUUUGACUGAACCCAAACAUGUCUCUGAAGUGAGUGAGGAGGCUAUUUUACUUCAUGAUAGACCCCACCCGGGGGCAGUAUUAUACAGAGAGACGAAUGUAAUGUUCAUUGAGACAUCGGAACUCCUCCCAGCUCAUUAGUGUAGCACAUUAUACUGUCAAGUCGACGCAAAUGCUGCUGUUGGGUGUGUGUACACUGUCAUUUAAAAAAAAAAAAAAAAUCUAAAUAAAAUAAAAUAAAAAAAUUUAAAAAUCGAAAUUUGUGAACGUAUCAUAAUAAAAUGUGGUAGGUAUUUUCCAGGGAUGUACAAGCAUCUAUCCACAGAGCCCAAUUUUUUCAUUUUUAUUUUAUUUUUGUGUGUGUCAGGACUAAUUAAGUAAUUGUGGACUUGUUGUUACCUAUAGGUUAAGAGUUAGCCAGAGGAGGGCAUGUGGGGUCUUCGUCACAGCCUA